AUGGAUUUCGGAAGGAAAAAGACUCAAAAGUACACUUUCAAGAGUCCUAAGUUAGAAGACCUAAGGAGAUUGGGAUCUUUGGUUGUUGACGCAGAGGCUUUCAGCAAAAGAUAUGGACAUUUGCUCUCUCUUUUGAAGAUCAACAUGGUAGAUGGACUUCUUUCUACUUUGAUUCAAUUUUAUGAUCCCGUGUAUCACUGUUUCACUUUCCCCGACUAUCAGCUUAUGCCAACACUUGAAGAAUACUCUCAUUUUAUUGGUGUUCCUAUUUCUAGUCAAGCUCCAUUUUCUGGUUUGGAGGAAGAUCCCAAAGAUCAAGACAUUGCAAAGGCUACUCACUUGAAAAUGUCAGAGAUCAGGGAUCACAUGACCACAAAAGGAAAAAUGCUUGGUUUGACAGCUAAGUUUCUAAUGAAUAAAGCUCAGUAUUUUGCUAGAAUGAGGAGUGUGGUGCUUUUGAGGCUGUUUUUGCUCUACUUAUCUAUGGAUUGUUCCUAUUUCCAAUGGAGGAAUGAUUACAUGUUGUGUGCCUAUGUUGUACAAGUGGUUUAUUUCUCACUUGCCAGGUCUCAUGCUUUUUGGGAUCUUAAGGAUGGUCUUUUAUGGUCACAAAAGAAUAUGUCUCUCACACAUUCAGAUAUUGUUUGGUAUAGUCGUGACUAUGAUGGAGUUAGUAUCAUUGAUAGUUGUGGAGGAUUUUCUAAUGUACCUCUCCUUGGUACAAAAGGAGGCAUCAGUUACAACCCAAUCCUAGCUCGGAGUCAACUUGGAUAUCCAAUGAGAGAUAAGCCAAAGAAUAUUCACUUGGAGGGUUUGUUCUUUAAGGAAUGUGAAGAUUGCAAAACGCUCAAAGAGAAGAUUAUGCACGCUUGGCGCCAUGUUCAUAAGUUAGAAAAGAAAGUCUUAGGGAAGACAAAUUGUGUCUCCUUAGAACCUUAUCUUAAAUGGGUGCAAGAUAGGGCCAUCAGCUUGAAAAUGCCUUAUCCUCGCCAAGAGCCUUUGCCUUUAGCUGACAAAGAACCUACCUAUAUCUUCAUGACUGAUGCAGAGAGGUUGAAGAUUGCUUUGACCAAAGCGCAUCGAGAAAGGGACGCUUGGAAGAACAAGUAUCAAAUCAUCAAAAAUGAGGAUGAAGAACUUCAAAGGCAGUUGAAGAUGAAGAAUGAAGAAUGA